GGGAAUGUUGAAUAUAACGCCAGGCAGUCAGAGUUGGAGAGGCUUUUCAGAAGAUAUGGGAAGGUGGAUAGGGUGGAUAUGAAAUCUGGAUAACAUUGCAAUGUCCAUACUAUCAUGGCUGAUGGACGGCGUCUCAUUUCAUUUCCUAGCUGUGACAAGUGUUCUCUUCUUGUCUCCUAGAAGAGCUCUCUGAUCCAUCAUGGCAUCACAAUCAUACAUUUUCCUCCGUCACUAUUGCCCUCCAUUUCCCAGCCUUCAUUUUACAGACUUGUCACAACUCACAAUGCCGACCUCGAUGCUGAGGCAGCAGAUUAAAAUGGAGAAGGCACUUUCUUUACAUUGUUCCCUCAUGUGACAUGCACCUUUACUUGAAAUCUGUUAGUCCACCACCAAAGGUCUGUUACUGAUUUUACUGGUAAAAUUUUUUCUAGAUUUGACAGAGUGGUCAUUUUUAUGAUUGAGAUGUAAAGUUAAGAUGGUUUACAUCUCUGUUUGAUGGAAGUUCUUUUCAAUUUUUUGAAUACUGAAGAAUAUUUCACGUGAGGAUUCUUUUUCUCAUUUCCUUUGAGUUUUUAUUUAAUCUUUGGUGUUUCCUGGGGUGGGGUUUCAGGUUUUGCUUUUGUUUAUAUGGACGAUGAAAGAGAUGCAGAGGAUGCUAUUCGUGGACUUGACCGAAUAGAAUUUGGUAGAAAGGGCCGCAGACUUCGCAUUGAGUGGUCAAAGGAAGAGCGUAGCAGUAGGAGGCCUGAGAGCUCUAGGAAAUCUUCAUCUAGUGUCAAACCUUCGAAGACUUUGUUUGUCAUAAAUUUUGAUCCACAUAAUACUAGGAGCAGGGAUAUAGAGAGGCACUUCGAUCCGUAUGGAAAAAUUCUCAAUAUAAGGAUUAGAAGGAAUUUUGCGUUUGUCCAAUAUGAAACACAGGAGGAUGCUUCCAGAGCCUUGGAUGCUACACACAUGAGUAAACUGAUGGAUCAAGUCAUUACAGUUGAAUAUGCAAAUAAAGAUGAUGAUGACAGGAGAACAGGGUUUAGUCCUGAUAGAAACCGUGAUAGGGGUGGUCUCAGGAGAGGUUAUGACCGAGAUCGAUCUCGGAGUCCUUAUGGAAGAGAGAGGGGAAGUCCUGAUUAUGGUCGUGGUCGGGCCCGUAGCCCAAGUCCACUCCGUCAUGGUAGGUCAAGUCCUGAUUAUGGUCGUGGCGCUAGUCCAAAUCCCAAUCAUAGGGAAAGGAAUUCUGAGUAUGGCCGUGGCCAUAGUCCAAGCAUGAGAAAGGAGAGGAACCCUGAUCAAGGAAAUGGUCAUAGCCCAAACCCUAGAAGGCUGAGAGCUGGUUCUGAAAAUGGCCAUGUGAGCAGUCCACCAGAGGAAGGAAUGUUGGAUGAUCGUAGAGCCAGCCCUAGUCCUCCAAGGGGGAGGAGAGAGAAACAGAGCCCAGAUGGUUAUCGCGGCCGCAGCCCAAGGUCUAAACCUGAAGAAAUUGAUAGUCCUGGAUAUGCUGCAGCAGAAAGUCCUCUUCCAGAAAGACUCAGGAGCGAUUCACCUCCAGCUAGAGAAAGAUCUCGCUCCUAGUUUGCUCGCUAUCAGCCUCUGACCUUGGAGUCAUAUUUGGUGGGACGGUCGCAUUGCAAGUGGUGCUGUAGAAGUAUGCUUUAAGUAGCUGGAACAUCAAAUUUUCUUGUCUUUGUUUGCAUUUCAUAUGUUAGUCUCGAACUAGACGCUAUCAACUAGCAUGGAUUCGGCAAUUAGUCUCGAACUCGAAAUAGACUUGCUAGUAUUACGUAUUCUGUUUUGAAGUUGAAAGUCCCAUGGUAAAGCUUGGAUCAGGUAUUUGAGUUAAGGUGACAUUGAAUUUGCUUAAUAUCAGGUUCUAUGAAAUAUCUAGUUUGGGUGAUUAUA